AUGUCAGAUAUUGAAAAUCAGAAACCAGUGACCACUGGUAGUGAUAUCCGGGAGAACGGGGCUUCCGACUUCUCCAACGGGGAUACUUUGAGACCGCCAUUCGGUAAAUCAGGCUCUGGUAAAACCGAAUCGAAAAAGUCGGAGUAUCGUAUAUUCCCAUACCAACCUAGUUAUCCCAGAUUUCGGAUAGGUUCUGAGACUCUCAGAGGUCACACAGUGGCUGCGUUAGGGGAAUUUUGCGGCACGUUCAUGUUUUUAUGGUGUGCGUACGUCAUUGCACAGAUUGCCAAUAACGACGUUGCGUUGACAGCAACUCCUGACGGGUCUCAUCCAGGGCAGUUGAUUAUGAUUGCGCUCGGAUUUGGGUUUUCUGUCAUGUUUUCUAUUUGGUGCUUUGCCGGUGUUUCUGGUGGUGCAUUAAACCCAGCUGUCUCUUUGAGUUUAGCUCUAGCACGGGCUAUCAACCCUACGAGAUGUUGUGUGCAUUGGGUGGCUCAAAUAGUGGCUGGAAUGGCCGCUGGGGGUGCUGCAAGUGGAAUGACACCAGGGGAUGUUUUGUUCGCAAAUUCCUUGGGGUUGGGAUGUUCAAGAAGCAGAGGAUUGUUCUUGGAAAUGUUCGGAACUACAAUUCUUUGUUUCACUGUUUUGAUGACAGCUAUAGAAUCACGCGACGGUAGUUUCAUGGCAGCCCUUCCAAUUGGUAUUUCUUUAUUUAUUGCUCACUUGGCAUUGACAGCUUACACCGGCACUGGUGUCAACCCAGCUAGGUCUUUAGGUGCUGCAGUUGCUGCCAGAGAAUUCCCAAACUACUUCUGGAUAUAUUGGAUCGGCCCUCUGUUGGGUGCGAUUUUAGCAUGGUCCAUUUGGCAAGCAUUACAUUGGUUAAACUACCAAGAUGUUGUCGCGUGCGAGAAGAAGCGGGUUGAAAAGGAAGAGGCAGAAUCCACUGAUUAA